CACUUCUAUUUGAUAACAACCUUGGCAAUUUAUAUUCCCACCUCUCAACGUUCCACACCAUGCCGCCUCCAUGGAACGUAAUUUCCCUGCUAACGCAUCAACUCGACUGCAAUGCACGUCUCACAGUAUUGUGCCGAGGCAGGCGUGUCUACAUCUCUAUCCGUAGAAGUAACCUGAACAGCUCACCAACACUCCAAAGGCAACUCGCCCACUUUCUAAAGGCUGUUGCGGAAGAAGAAGACGACAAUGUCAUAACUGAGGACUUCUACGACUGGCUCCUCGAGCCCUGCAAGAAACUCCUGGGCGACCUCUGCUUUCCAUCUCACCUGACACGGCCGACCUACGCCGAUUAUCUCGCGCUGGAGACUUUGCACUUUGAACUACAUUCUAGCGAUGGUCAUGUUGUUCCUGUCCGAUCGGCACGUGACGAUAUUAUGAUGCCGCCAGGCAUUCGCUUACACUGUGACCUUUUCUCGGUUUGGCCGGUACUUGGACCCGAAGACCUCCAGAUCCGUCUCGAUUCUGCAGGGACAGACCUGAGAGCAGACUCCGUUGAGGAGUCACUAUUACAUGAACCUAGCAAGGUGUAUGUAAUGGACCACCCGUACUUCUUUAAAGCCGCUACCCAAGAUAAUCGCAGUCAGUGCGAAAGAGAACUCCAGGUCUUCAAGGAGAUUGAACAAGCUGGUUUGAAAUCUUUGAAUAUUACUCAUCUUUCCGCCGUCGUUUGCGACUCGGAUGGAGUCUUCUACGGCUUCUUACUCCCGUAUAUCAACACAUAUGGGAACACGCUCACGUGGGCUAUGGUAACACGUGCUACAGCGUCAGAACGAGCACGCUGGGCCGAACAAGUGACACACAUUGUAGAGCGUCUACAUGCCGCAGGAAUCGUAUGGGGGGACGUAAAGGCUGAUAACGUGCUCGUCGACACCGAGCGAAAUGCCUGGGUGGUGGACUUUGGAGGCGGUCACACGAUAGGAUGGGGGGAGAGCAGCACGGCAGGGACAAUAGAGGGCGAUCGAAUCGGCUUGCAGAAGAUCCUAGAGUUCAUCAGAUCUCCCAAAGUUGUUCGAGAAUGACUGGUGCAAGUGACCUUUUCACCCCUUGCAGUACCUUGCUACUUA